CCCUUUAAUGUCAGCCCUUUGUUGUGAAAUUGCUCAAAAACCAUGUGUUAAACUAUGUGAGAGAAGGCGUGGGGGAAAAUUGGAGGCUAAAUGCAACCAAUGUAUUUUUAAUCUGUUUAUUUGUUUGUUAAAAAGAAGAGAAAUCAGCAUCUGGUCAAGAAAAUGUUUACAUUCAAACGAGGCAGUGAGAACCAAAAACCUUCAACUUUACAAGUUAGUGGUUCCAGAAUGUUAUACACACACACAAAAAAUAAAUCCAAGACGCAUAUUUCAACAAAGAAAUGGAAAGUGUGUUUUUAAAGUGAUACAUUGUUUCACACACGUGCGCAUCAAACAGCGGCGAACAAGCAUGUGUGAGAUACAUGUCAUAUUUAAAUGGCAACAUUAUUUUCCCGACAGAAUAUAAAUAGAGCGUGACGAAAAAUCGGAACACGCCCCACUUCUCGCGACACUAUGUACCGCGCAAACAGUUAUCGGGCGAUUUAAACCUUUGUUGCGGGAACGCGACUCAUUGUUACCAUCACCUCAACACCGACUCAUCGUACCGCCGCUACCUGUAAAUUACCAGCGCUAAAAUGGCUAACAAUCUUAACGUCGACGAGGCUCGAAACGGCGAAGAUAACACAACGCCUGUUGACGAUGCUCGUCGUCUUACAAAUGGUGAAGAGAAUACAACUCAAAGUCAGCUUGUUACGCCAUCAGGUGUCCCGUCGUCAUGUGCACCUGAUAAAUCAGCAGCCCCGGAUAACCUUAAAACGGUGGUAUCAGUACCUUUGAGUGGCAGUAACCGUGGGUCUGAACCCUGUGACGGCGGUGUAGCAGUGACGCCAAGGGAUUCACUCCAGGACACAACAACACAGAGUCUUGAGCCCAAGUCCAAUGGAUGCAACACGUCCACCUUGAGAUGUGGGGAAAAGCGGGAGAGGGAAUCGGACAACCCCUCUGAUGUUCCUGUGAAACGGCGUUUGAGACCAUCAGAGGAUAACGGGAAAGAAUGUUUACCAGACUACGACGUGAGAUGUGCGGAGCUAUGGAUCGAUGGUGAAAUGGCUGCUUGGGAGGCUUAUGAAUUAUCAAAGUCCAGCAGCGACACCCAACGCCAACAUGUUGUUCGACAACACGACAGUAACAGUUCUGUCAAUCGGCCUUCCACCCAGAAGGACGUUGUACGUGUUGUUCGAGCCGAAGUGGCAGCCUGUUUUCAACCCAUCACAAAGUUGAUUCUUUUAAAUAUGGAGUGGAGCAGAACUGAUUUCACUGAGAUGAUAAAUAGACUUCGUGCACUGCAAAGGGAUGUCACAGAGUUGGCAAAUGAAAUGCGUAAUAUGCGAGCAGAUCAAAGGCUGGCGUUAGACGCAAUCUCUCUUAUGAAUGAAAGAAUGAGUGUCAUUCAAAGGUGUGUGUGUGAGACGCACCAAAUGAUGACUACAACUAGAAAAUGAUGGGUCUGUUUAUUAUAUCAUACGGAUUUUUGUUCAAGCCUAUUUUUGCAAAAUUGUUUUUCUUUUUUAUAUAUAAUUGUAUUAACGAGUGAUUUUUAUUUUUUUUUAAUGAUGUGC